AUGUCGAUUCUACUCAUACUACUAAUAAUAACAACGUCAGCGACGACAACAACACGGUAUGAAUUUAAAUUUCCAAAACUUUUCCCUUCAGUUGAUGCUUCACUCCUGUCACAAAAGUAUUUAAAACAAUCAGAAAAAUUUUAUUUAUCAAGAUAUAAUAAUAAUCAGCAUUUCAUUAAAUCCCUGUAUGAUAAUCAAAAUAAAUGGAGGGAACAGCGUGAAGGUGAACUGCCCAAAUCCGAUAGGAUGUCUGAGAAUACUGACGGCAAUGGUGCCGCCUAUAUCAACACGAAUAAUAAUGCGAAUAAUAAUAUCAAUAAUGAAGCAAGCCAAUUAUUAAUGAUUGAAAAGUACAAAAGAAAAUUAUUACGUCUAUUAAAUCUGAAAUCCCCACCGAAUGUGAAUGUUAACAAUGAAUCCGAAUGGAAUUCCCUGCCAAUUCUGUUACGUAAUCGUUUGAAAGCUGAAAUUGAUGCCUCAAGCCAGUUGAUAAACAAGCCAAUUGAUAAUGAUGAUGAGGAGAAAGGCACGCUGAUACUGCUGAAUCAAUGUAUGUAUGUCAGUUUUUAA